GAUUUUUUGGUUGCAAAAAGAUUUUUAGGUUAGCCUAAUUACAAGUUAAAAAAAUGUUAAGGAAAAUAAAAUUAAUUCGUUUAGUAUCAUUUUCGUGUUCAAGUUAUUCCACGCGUCUCCAAAUAGACGCAAAUCUAGCUCAGGAUUUCGAAUCAAAGCAAUAUAAACCUCGGAAACACCCAGGGUCUGCACGAAUAAAGAUUGCUAAUAUACCACCAGAUAUUCAGAAAGCAAUAUAUCUUAUUUUAGAAGACUCUGGAGCGAGGACUCUGUACCAAGAAAGUGAAAAACUAAGCAACUAUAUCCGCUCGAGGCUGUUGCCGCCUGAAGAUGACGACAUACGUAUAAAAGCUGCCAAAAUCCAUACCAGUGUUUCACAGCAGGUUUUGUCGAAAAUAAAUAAUAAAAUAACGACGCCAGAGGAAGAAGACAUGUACAACAAACGUAUAAACACAUCAGUAUUUAAUAUUUUGAAGAAAAAUGUGUACAGAUGGGGAAACAUUUCAUAUGAUAAAUCAACAUGUUUGCAAUAUUUAAUGGCAAGAGCUGCUCCUGAAUAUGCUAUACUAGUACGCGUACUUGAUGAAAUUAAAAAAAAAGAUGAAAAUUUUAAACCAAGAAGUUUUUUCGACUUUGGUUCUGGAGUGGGAUCAGGAACUUGGGCAGUGAACACAUUUUGGAAGGGAGACAUUUAUGAAUACUUUUGUGUAGACACAUCACAAAAUAUGCACGAUUUAGCUAGACUGAUACUUUGUAGUGGGAAAGAUAAUGUUGAAAUGCCAUACAAAGGAUACUUCCAGCGACAAUUUCUUCCAGCAUCUACAAAUUUGAAAUAUGACAUAGUAUUAUCUGCGUUUUCCCUGUUUGAAAUGCCUGAUAUGAAAACAAGGUUAGAAACAAUACAAAAACUGUGGAAUAAAACUGAAAACUAUUUAGUAAUUGUUGAACAUGGAUCAAAUGCAGGAUUUAGAGUUGUCAAUGAAGCUAGAGAGUUUGUUCUCAACCUGCCCAAAGAAAAGAAAUCCAGCAAACAAGUUAAUAAUACUCAGAAUGGUUAUGCAUUCUCUCCAUGUCCUAACGAUAAUGUAUGUCCACGAUACUUAGAACAAGAAACACCUUGUAAUUUUUUGAUGAAGUAUGAAACUUUACAGUUUCCGUCAAAGUCAGAAAUUUCUGCUGAUGUAUUUUCUUAUGUAAUCUUAAGGAAAGGUGUUCGUCCGUCUAAUGACCCUCAGUGGCCCAGAGUUGUCCGAGCGCCUAUAGUGAGAUCUGGUCACACUAUUUGUAAACUUUGUACGGCUAAAGGGGAACUAAAAGAAGUCAUAUUUUCCAAAUCGAAACAUGAUCAGAUAACAUAUAGAUGUGCUAGAUCUAGUAACUGGGGUGAUGAGUUGCCUUUAAAAUAAAUUUUCUUUAUUAAAACA